UUUUGUUUCUUUCGGCAAAGGCUGUACAAUUUCUAGACAGAAGUUAAUAAAAUUGUAAAAGUGACUUCAUUCUAUUCUACUUGUUUUCAUUACAGCCAUAGACGCUGGGCCAUUGCUGUGUUCGCCUUGCUUUCUAUAGUCAGUUGCUCACUCUCAGCAUGGCAGAUCAGUGGUACCCACAACACACCUUUCGUGAUUGCGAUCACGGAAUCAAUGUCAAUAUUGGAAGACACAUUGAAUGACUACUACAUCCUACCUUUCUAUCACGGCGUGUGCUACUUUUCGGGCUGCAUUGCGUUCUACUUGCUGCAAAGCUUCAGGGAUGUCAAAAUGUCUAAGAUCACACAGGCACUAAUUUGGAUUGUCGCCCUCACCGCUGGUGGUAGUUGUGUCUUUGGCAAGGAACCCUGGUACAAGCACCGACGUCCGGUCACCGAGGUCGGCGAUAUGUGUAUGGCAUUCUUCGACCGAAUACUGUGGUCGCUGUUUCUCACCUGGAUUACGCUGACAUGUGCUACGGGACGAGGAGGCAAGACGUUUCUGCCAUUUGAAGCACGCUUCUUGAUGAUUGCAAGAUCAUCAGAGCCUCAAAUGCUAAAAUUGUUUCUCCUGAUAGCGUAACGGUUAUUAACGACAAUGCGACAUUGUUAAAGGACCAUAAAUUUGCAUUUUUUAGUUUGAGGCUUAUCUGAAAGAGAAGUUUCAAACUUUCUGCCCACUCAAAACUUGACAACUUAACCCACUGCCUAAGUACGUACAAUAUAUCUCCACAAUACCUGCUUGCACAAUAUCCGCACCACUAUAGUCAUACUCACAGCAUCGAACUCUUUUGUAUUGCACUGUAUCCUGAUGGGCUCAUCACGCGUUAGGAUUUGGUUAAGUACAAAAAUAAACCAAC